AAUUCUAGAGAGAGAAACACCCACACCCACACCCACACCCACACCCACAGAAACACACAGUUGAUGUAGGUUUAGAAGCAGAAAGCAAAUUUAGCAAGGGGUUGAAGAUGAAGCUCAAAUGGUGAUAUGAAGAUAAAAGAUGAGAGGUAUGGCAUUUGAAGUUGCAGCUUUUCAACCUUCUACAGAAUCAGUCAAGUGCAAAGAAGGCAGCUUUGGUAGCAACGCCACCAAUGAACCUAUUUCUGUUCUCGACACAAGGAGGAGCCCAAGCCCUUCCACCUCAACCUCCACCCUCUCCUCCUCCUUCGGCGGCGGAAAUGACUGCACCACCACCACCACUACUACAUUGCUAGCUGUUUCCGACAACAACAACAACAACCUUCAACAAAAAUGGCCGGAUUCUGUUCCCCAGGAAAUGCGUGUUUCUGGGUGUUUGGCAAAUCUUGGUGUCUCCGCUGACGGUGGCCGGAAAGACGAGUGGUCGGAGUUACAACCCAUCCCAGCAGAAUUUGAGCUUCAACAACAGAGAUUUGGGGUUGGAUUGGAAGACUGGGAAAGCUUGUUAUCUGAAUCUGCAGCUUCUCCGGCACAAUACCAGUCUCUUCGGUGGAUCUCCGGCGACUUUGAUGACACAUCAUUGAGCCUCCAACAACUCCUACAGAGCAACCAAUUUCAUGAAAAUGCUCCUCCCACCACCGUUUCUGAAACUCCGGCGCCCCCAUAUUUUAACUCACAAAACUAUUUCCCCUUCUCUAACCCGGAUCAAAACCCGCAAGUUUUCAAUCCGCAAAUGAUUCUAAACACUCCUCCACAGUCACAGCCACCACCGCCGCCGCCGCAGAUUCAAUUCCACCACCAGGGUCUUCAAAAAGCUCCGAAUUCCGUUCAGGGUCUUCAUAAAGCUCCGGUCUUUCCACAGGGUCUACACAAAGCUCCAGUUUUUAUUCAGGGUCUUCAGAAAGCUCCGAGUUUCCAUGGAAGUCUUCAUAAAUCUCCGGCUUCUGGUUUGGGUCUUCAAAAAGCUCCGAUUCCCAAUCAGGGUCUUCAAAAAGUUCCGGUUUUGAAUCAGGGUCAUGAGUUACAACUCAAGAAGCAAAACCAACAACAGUCAUUCCUCCAACAGAAACCAUUGAUGGUUGCCGGCGGUACACAACAAGAACCACAGCAAACUGCUCCUCCUCCGUCGCCGGUCCACCACCAUCACCACCAGAACCAGCUUAUCUGUGACCAGCUAUUUGCCGCGGCUGAGCUAAUGCUAUCUGGGAAUUUCUCACACGCGCAACAGAUAUUGGCGCGGCUCAAUCACCAGUUUUCUUCGGCUCCGGCACCAAACAAGCCUUUCCAAAAGGCAGCUUUUUAUUUCAAGGAAGCUCUUUUAACUCAAAUGGCAUCUCUAAUGUCGGAUUCUAAUCCGAAUAGGAUCGCCCCAUCGUUUAAUGGCAUGUUCAAGAUUGGAGCUUAUAAAAUGUUUUCUGAAGUUUCUCCGAUUAUCCAGUUUAUGAACUUUACGUCAAAUCAGACACUUCUUGAAGCUCUUGGCGAUGCCAAAAACAUUCACAUCAUUGAUUUUGAUAUCGGAUUUGGUGCACAAUGGGCUUCCUUCAUUCAAGAGCUUCCAACCAAAAAGAACAACAAUGGUGGUGGUGGCUGUUCACUCAAGAUCACUGCUUUCGCCUCACCAUCAACCCACCAUCCGAUCGAACUUGGUCUUAUGCACGAGAACUUGUCACAAUUUGCUCAAGAAACCGGGAUUUCUUUCCAGCUCGAAGUUGUUAACUUCGAUUCAUUUGAUCCAAGAUCGUUUUCCAUAUCCGGGCAGGAAGCAAUUGCUGUGAAUUUCCCCAUUUGGUCAGCUUCAACUCACCUAUCUGCCAUUCCUUCCAUCCUCCAUUUCAUAAAACAGCUUUCACCACGGAUCGUGGUCUCACUUGAUCGUGGAUGUGAAAGGACGGAUUUAUCCUUCCCUCAGUACCUUCUACAGGGUCUCCAAUACUAUGAAGUUUUAUUGGACUCCAUUGAUGGUGCCAAUGUUGUUCCAGAAGUAUCCAACAAGAUCGAAAAGUUCCUUUUCCAGCCUCAAAUCGAGCGAAUGGUGAUGGGAAAACUUCAAUUCCCCGAACGAAUGCCCCAUUGGAAGUCACUGUUUACCGCCGGAGGGUUCUCGCCUGUAAGCACUUCCGCAGAAGCUCAAGCUGAUUGCAUCGUGAAGAGGAUGCAGAUUCAGGGAUUUCACAUCGAAAAGCGGCAGGCAGCGCUUGUUCUUUGCUGGCAGAAUCGAGAGCUGAUGACGGUUUCAGCCUGGAAGUGCUGAUUUGCUUUCGAUCAAAAUCUUGAAGCAAGAACACAAAAUCCAGAGAGGUUUAAAUGAAGUUUGGAAUCUUGAAUAAAUCUUUGAACUAAUGAAUGUUGUUAUAUGCUGAUGCUGGUGCUGAUGCUGAUGCCUCUCUUUUAAGUUGUAUUUUGUAAACUUUCUUGCUUGCAAAUGAUCAUCUAUCUAUCUAUCUAGUUUAGACUGUUAAUUGACUAUUAAAUUUGUUGAA